AUGCGACUCCCGGAUCGAGAGGCCUCUCCUGGGGAAGUUCCCCAGGUGUGCGAGGAGGACCGGAGCGGUCCCGUCGGCGUUUCCGUGGCAGGGUGGAUGUUAACGUCUGCCAGGAAUCACUUAUACAGAGGCCCAGAAGGGGCUCGUAGUGGUAGUAGUAGUAGUAGUGGUAGUGGUAGUAGUAGUGGUAGUGGUAGUAGUAGUGGUAGUGGUAGUAGUAGCGGUAGCAGCAGUAGUAGUAGCGGUAGCAGCAGUAGUAGUAGCGGUAGUAGCAGUAGUAGUAGCAGUAGUAGCAGUAGUAGUAGCGGUAGCAGUGGUAGUGGUGGUAGUAGUAGUGGUAGUGGUGGUAGUAGUAGUGGUAGUGGUGGUAAUAGUAGUGGUAGUGGUGGUAGUAGUAGUGGUAGUGGUGGUAGUAGUAGUAGUAAUACAGGUUGGGCUAUGGCAACCGCCUAA